GGACAUGGGCCCGUAGCGUCAAUCUUUGGUCCCGGGAAGCGUACUGUACACACUCAGCUUGCCCAGGUCCACCUGGAUACUUCCAUACGUGACUUGCAUGCGAUACUAUGGUGUAGCGUACUCAGCGUAGAGAACAGGGACUUACAUCCUAUCCCCGGAGGUCGCGCGCGUCAAAGCCGCCGGGGCCUAGCCAUUAUCCAGGCAUGUUCGGAAUCUAUAUAAUAUGGAUUCCCUGACCCCCCUUGAUCGUCAAUCUGGAUCUCGUCAGCCGUGGUGUUUUCUUUACUUCACUUUCACUUCUUGUUAUACACUUCAUUUCUGUAUUCUCAUUCUUGUUUACAAGGACUUAUUCACCACAGCCGUACAUUCAUUCGUAUAUUCGUCUCGGGACCUCGGAUCGAAAUUUCAUAGACGACGCCUAAGACGAAAUACCGGGGCAACCAGGGUGUUAUAGACGGAGGACGCCGUUCAAUAGAAAAAGAAGGAAGAAAGAUUCAAGUCACAAUGGGUUACGUUCGCACAAUUGCUGGCAACCGCCUAAUUCCCAAUGUUGUCGACGAAGCAGCCCGCGACAACCCGGACCGGGUCGUUUACACAAUCCCGCAUUUGACCGACGAUGGCGACAGUUUCGAGGACAUCACCGCUCUGCGUUUCGCCAAUGCUGUAAACCGGGCAUGUCGCUGGAUCGAGGGUGUUCUUGGCAAGGGCAAGAACUUCGAGGCCAUUGGCUAUAUUGGACCCCACAACUUGACCUAUCCCAUUUUGGUGCUGGCUUGUAUCAAGACCGGCUACAAGGCGCUUCUCGUAUCGCCUCGAAACAGUUUGGAAGGUAGCUUGGCUGUCAUAGACAGGACGGAAUGUCGAAUCUGGGCCAAGUCGACCGAAAACAGUGACCUGGUAAACCAGAUCCUUGAAACCCGGCCUAUGGAAGUUCUCCAGACACCCACUCUCGAAGAGUUGUUGGAUCCUCGUCCUGUUGCCAAGUAUCCUUACACCAAGACCUGGGAACAGGCCAACUUGGACCCCCUCGCUGUUCUUCACACUUCUGGUUCAACUGGUCUCCCCAAGCCCAUUGUUAUGCGCCUCGGCACCAUUGCUAGCGGCGACGCUAUCAGAGAGAUCGCUCUUGAACAAGAUGAAGAAAUCACACCUUCAUGGGCUUCUUCAGACCUAGUUUUCAACCCAUUCCCGUGGUUCCACGCUGCCAGUCUCAUGGUAAAGCUUGGCCUCAACUUCUGGCUGGGUUCGACCGUAGUUACAGAGCCCACCAAUGGAGUGAUCAGCGCUGAUACAAUUGAUCGCAUUAUUUCUAACCUUCCAGUGAAGGUUUUCUUUAUUCCUCCAUCGACUGUUGAGGAACUUGCUAAAACACCCAAGACCCUACCCAAGUUGGGUGCUUGCAAAUACAUAAUCACGGGAGGAGGUUCUCUCUCAUCUCAGCUGGGCGAUGUCGUCAACAACGUGGUUCCAGUACGAAAUGUCUACGGUUCCACUGAAGGAGGUAUCUGGGCUAUGGUAGCACCUCAGAAGGGCAAGGACUGGAGAACAUUCAAGUUCCCUCCAGAGUUGGGCACCGAGUUGCGGGAGGUCACCCCUGGCCUUUAUGAGUUGUUCUUCGUUAAAAAACUCCAGUAUAAGCGAUGGCAAGGUCUCUUCUACACUUUCCCCGAUGACACGGAGUAUUCCACCAAGGAUCUCUUCGCACCGCACCCGACGGAACCUGGACGAUGGCUAUGCGUCGGUCGUGCUGACGACGUCGUCGUUCUUUCAAACGGCGAGAAGGUCCAGCCCGUCGAUAUUGAAGCCUGUGUUUCUUCGCAUCCCCUAGUGAAGGCUGCUCUAGUAGUUGGAAACCGACGAUUUCACCCGGCCGUGCUCCUAGAGCUCACUAACCCACCACCACCAACUGCCGAAGGCCUAGAGUCGCUACUCGACAAGAUCUACGCUGAGGUUGUCGAGAAAGCAAACGCCGCUUCCCCCUCGCAUGCUCGUAUCUUCCGAUCCAACAUGAUGCUCACCGUCCCUGGAAAGCCCUUCCUUCGCACAGAUAAGGGAACGGUCAAACGUCCUGCUAUGCUAAGGUCGUACGAAAAGGAGAUCGAUGAAUUCUAUGAGAAGCUCGAAGCCGAAGAGGCCAAGGCCUUGUCAGGCGACAUGGAUAUCAGCUCCGCUCAGGGCAUUGCCAAUAGUCUGCGUAACAUCAUCAACGUCUUGCUCAAGAAGGAGCUCAAUGACGACGAUAACCUAUUCAGCGCUGGUUUCGACUCACUCCUCGUUUUCCAGAUCUUGGGUAGUCUCCGCACCGCCGCCGAGCGUGCGAAAAUCAAUGUGACGCUAGGCCCAACUCUGAUCUACAGCAACCCGACCCUGGAGAAGCUCUCGCAGGCCUAUUACUCAACUCUGUAUUCCGACGCUACGGGCGAGGACCCUGCUACAGCCACUUUCAAGCUCGCAGAGGAUAUGGUUGCCAAGUAUACCCGUGAUCUUCCAAUCGACGGUGAUACUGUCAUUGUGACCGGGACGACUGGUUCGUUGGGAACAUAUCUCCUGAAUACACUGGUCAAAAACCCUGCCGUCAGACGUGUCUAUUGUUUCAACCGAUCUGCCGACGCAGAGGAAAGGCAACGGGCCGGUUUCAAGACAAAGGGUUUGACUGAGGUCUGGCCCGCCAAAAAGGUCCAGUUCCUCACCGCUGAUCUGUCAAAGCCUGAUUUCGGCCUCGGCCAGGGCAAAUACGACGUCCUUCUUAAGGGGGUUACCAAGAUCAUUCAUAACCAAUGGCCUGUCAACUUCAACCUGGAUCUCUCUUCGUUCGAACCUCACAUUCGGGGUGUCCGCCAUCUUGUCGACUUCGCCAAGAAGAGCCGACACGGCUCAUCUCUCUUCUAUAUUUCGUCGAUUGGAAGCAUCACCAAAUGGGCCGAUGACUCACCCGUUCCCGAGAAACCCAUCCAUGACCUGACCAUUGCCGGAGCGCAAGGCUACAGUUUAUCUAAAUUGAUGGCCGAGAACUUGCUCGAGCAGGCCGUCAAGGUUUCUGGUGUCGACGCAUCGGUUUGCCGUGUAGGUCAAAUUGCAGGUCCCGUAACAACUGGCGACAAGGGUGAGUGGAACAAGCAGGAGUGGUUCCCAACCAUCGUCGAAUCGUCCAAAUAUCUUAAAAUGCUUCCGUCCAAUCUCGGCACACUUGAUCGUAUUGAGUGGGUGCCUGUGGACUUGCUGGCAGACAUGGUCGUCGAGCUCGCUGGCGUUGGUGCAAAGAAAGGUGAAUUUGAGGAAGAUGACGACGAGCUUAAGGUUUACCACGCUGUUAACCCCAAACUCAGCUACUGGCAAGUUAUCUCACCGACAAUCAUGAAGAAGAUGCCUGUAGGUACACGGUCGGUUCCCUGGGCGGAAUGGGUGCAGGCCCUCAAGGAUGCACAGCGCACCGCCACAGCCAAGGAGCUUCCCGGCCUCAAGCUACUUGAAUUCUACGAAGGCCUCGUUCUGCCUGAGGAUGUCAAGAUCACACCAUUCAACCUAGAAACUGGCGUCACCUCGCGCAAGAGUCAGACCAUGCGGAAAUUGACACCCGUCACCAACGACUGGGUAGAUCUUUGGCUCAAGCAGUGGAAUUUUUAAACAAGAGAUAGGUUAUGAAAUCCUCCAACGCACAUCAUUAAUUCUUCCACCGCAUUUUGGACACAAGACAAGACGAGGCGACCUUUUAUUUAUGAGAUACCCCACCCACAGAGAAACUAUACGCAUUUGUCCUUGAUUGUUUUGGUCACAAUAGGACAUGCUGCAUGACUCCCAACUCGCAGAGAAGAUGGGAAAACAUCAACCAUAGGAGACAAGAGCAGAAUAGAAGAUACGAGCAAAACCUUUACUUUGUAUCUCGGACUCUUUGCCCUCUUCUAAUUUCACGCCACUCGCAUAUGUUACUACAUGUUUAUUGGUUUUGAUGACGCUUACUCUCGUUAGUUGUCAAGUAUAUAUACACGAUGUAGCGGAAUGGGCGCAGAAUUGUAGCCGAGUCUCGAGGCAUUGCAAGCAACACCUUUCUUUUUUUCUCUUUGGAUAUUUUUUCGUCGAGUUAUCUUCUCUGUGAGAUACUCCCUUUUGUAUAUAAGUCAGAUCUUGUCUAGACCAUAGAGGCGUUUUUUGUUGCUAGGUCGGCUGGGCUUUGCACAUAGUUCUGCUUUUGGCAUUUUGAAUAUAACUUCAUUCUAAUGAAAGUCUACUUCCAUC